AUGGAGCCAGUAUCCCUUGCCCUCAGCGUCGUCCCUCUCGCCGUCCAGCUCGGAAAAGGCAUCCACAAACUCCUGGAGCUUCUCCAAGCAAUCGAAGAUGCACCAUCUGAAAUCUCAUCCAUCAUCGACGAGGCUGAGUUCCUCCGACUGCUACUCACGCAAAUAACAACGAACGAUGAGACACUCGGAAAACAUCGAGAGACGGAACUCGCUCUACAGCGAUGCCAGAAAUCACUCGGUGACCUCUGCUCGAUUGCAGAAUCCUUCGCUUCCGGAUUUAGCUCGAAGAGAGGUUUGAAGAGGCGAUGGACCGCUGUUGAGAUAGUGGGUAAGAAGCAGGAUUUUGUGAGGUUGAAGUCGAAGCUUUGUGAUGCGAAGCUGGACCUUUUGAUUGCUCAGCAGAUUUCGUCUGCUCGGUACACGCAAGCUCAGAACUGUACGAAUCAGCAAUCGCUGUUUAAGCUCUUGCAGGGGUUCACGGAAGUGAGGCAAUUGCUUGAGAAUCAAAAUCAGCUUGUGACUUCUCGAUCGGUAGGAAAUGCCACUGAGUUUGAAGAAGCUGUGAUGGCUUUGCAGAAGCCAUUUUCUGCCUCGUCUUGCCAGAUUCGUAACCCAAAAGCUGUCGAGACAGGUGGCAUUCGAGCGGAACAGAAUAAACACUCUUGUAUUACCACCCGUGAGCAGAGAGUGGCGGGUUUCCCUAUAUCUACCGUCACGAGAACGCCGAUGGGAACAUUGUACUGCUGGACGACGACCUAUUACUUCAUUCCAAUCGACGAAGAUAAAAUUCUUGGAAUUUCGAAAGCCGAGAAGACUGAAGUGGUGACGAGAAUCAAUUUCAUUCCUUCGUGGUGGAUCACGAGAAUCGGAAUGUCUCGCGUUAUGGAGCUGAUAUCGACGAAUUCAAGCACCCAGGGUUGGCAGUACCAUCUUAGAACGUUCAAUUAUGUUCCUAAGUCGUCUUUGAUAUUUGAGUUCUGCCGUCUCGGCAAUACCGACGCUGUAAAGCACUUACUUGCAGAAAGGAAGGCUUCAGUCAACGAUAUGAAUGAAUACGGAGAGACUCCGCUACAUGUCGCGGCUGGCUAUUGUCAUGCAGAUCUUUGCGAUGUUCUUCUUCGAGCAGGUUCAUGCAGGGAUGUUCGCCAGCUUUCGUUCGGCAGCCCAUUCACAGCAUUUUCGCGCGUUUUCCGCCCAGGUACGAUGGUCGACCACAGAACCAUGCAAAUUAAUACUGUGACAAGUGGGCAGUUUGAACAGACCAUCCGAGCAUUCUUGAGAAGCGGAGAAGAGCUCGAACAUGUUAACGAUGACUUCUUAAUUCCCUCUCUUAUCUACGCGGAGAACUUCAACAGUAUUGCUGAUACGAAUUACUUGAGACCUUCCUUAUGGAUAAUAGGAGAAGUUCUCCCGGUCACCAACUCGUCCGUGCUGGAUUUGGCUUUCUGGGAGAGCUGUCUCCAAGCUGCUGUUUGCACACACUAUGACAGACACCCCUCCACGGAAUUCGUCCUAGGCCAUUGCAGUGUUGAAUCGAUAAGAAGACUUCUAUUACGUUUGCUUCAGAGUCUAAAUGAGUCGUACUCGCUCUCACACAAGACGGGUGAUAUUCGACUCUUACUUCAGGCAUCUGACGGUCUACACUUCUUUGACGAGGUAUGGGGAGAAACACCAAUCUCCCAGGCACUCAAGCAUCCAAGAUCUUUCGCUGCACUUCGCAUUGCCCUGGCAGCAUCAUCCUAUGAUUUCGUAAACGUUGCUCAACAAGAAAUACAGUUCCGGAGCAAUGGGUGGACGGAGACUAGACUCCUUUCUGUGUUUGAGGACACGCUUAACUUGAACGCGGUUCCUUCUGGUGGCAAAACUUGUCGGGAUUGCGGUGACUACAACAGUAGUCCCUGCAAAGAACAAGCUCUGCAAUGGAAGAGGAGAGUUCGAAGGUACAAGGAAGGACUUGAUCAAGACGUGCCAUUGAACGAGGCUGAAACUCAAGAAGAACUGUCGGCAGAGAAUGAUAAGAAAGGCUCACGAAAAGGGGAUAUGUUGCGUGUGUCAAGGCACCCUAAUAGCGAAACGUUGGCAUGCAUGAUGCAUAGCUCUCUUCCUCGUCUUCGUCCCCUGCUUGGUCUUCUCACAGGAUAA